GGGCUCGGGUGCCCUGACGGUCCAAGGCGCUCGUCCCCGUCCCCGCUUGGCUCUUCCCGGGAGAGGAGCGGAGAGUGCCUCGCUCGCGCGCCCCUCGCGGAGAGACUUACUCGGGAGUAAGCCCCCGCCCCACCCGCCGGAGUUGCUGCCGGGAGGAGGCGGCUUUCCCCUCGGCAGGGCGGAGCGCCCUUGGCGACGAGGAGGCGCCCCGAAGCUUCCCCGCCUCCAGCUCCCUCGCGCUCGGGGCGCCGGGCUGGGCGCUGCUGCUGCUGCUCUUCGGGCGCGUUGCUCUUCGCUCCGGGAGCUGCUGCUCGCCGAGUCGGCCGGGCGACCCGGGGCUGCUCUGAAGAGGCGGCUCUGCUGGGCUAGCAGAAAUGGAUUCAAAACAAGAUCCUGCUUCAGGCAUCCAUCACACUCAGCUUGGAAAAUCCCAACUAAAUGCAGCUGCUAAUGCUGAAGGCCAAGAGACUGUGAUGGAGGAACCAGGGGAGCUCUUUGAAGAACUUUUGGAAAGAGCAAAAGCUGGGGAACCUAAAGCACAGACAGAGGUGGGGAAGCAUUACUUGAAGCUAGCAGAAGACCAGGAUGAGGAGCUGAACAGUUGCAGUGGGGUGGAGUGGUUGAUCCUUGCUGCCAAGCAGGGACGAAGGGAAGCUGUUAAACUGCUGAGGAGGUGUUUAGCGGAAAGAAGAGGCAUCACUUCAAAGAAUGAACAAGAAGUGAAGAAAUUAUCAUCAGAGACUGAUUUAGAAAGAGCCGUGAGAAAGGCGGCAUUAGUCAUGUACUGGAAACUAAACCCAACGAAGAAAAAGCAGUUGGCUGUUUCAGAACUAUUAGAAAAUGUUGGCCAAGUUGACAGUGAAGGUGGUGAGGAACAGCCUGUGGGUCCAAUUCCGAAAGCUGUACAGAAGCAAAGGAGGAUGCUGGAACGACUGGUGAGCAGCGAAUCCAAGAAUUAUAUUGCCUUGGAUGACUUUGUUGAAAUUACCAAAAAGUAUGCAAAAGGCAUCAUGCCAACCAACCUUCUGCUGCAGGAUGACGAUGAUGACGAACUGGCAGGAAAGAGUCCAGAAGACCUUCCUCUUCGACUCAAGGUGAUAAAGUUUCCACUUCAUGCCAUUAUGGAAAUCAAAGAGCACCUUAUCGACAUUGCAUCUAAAGCAGGAAUGCAUUGGCUAUCCACUAUUAUCCCAACACACCACAUCAAUGCUCUCAUCUUCUUCUUCAUCAUCAGUAACCUGACCAUUGACUUCUUUGCAUUUUUUAUCCCACUAGUUAUCUUCUAUCUGUCCUUCAUUUCCAUGGUGAUUUGCACCCUGAAAGUCUUCCAAGAUAGCAAAGCUUGGGAAAACUUCCGCACCCUCACUGACUUGCUCCUUCGCUUUGAACCCAACCUAGAUGUUGAGGAAGCGGAAGUGAAUUUUGGCUGGAACCACUUAGAGCCCUACCUGUACUUCCUCCUCUCGGUGUUCUUUGUCAUUUUCUCCUUCCCUGUAGCUAGUAAGGACUGGAUACCCUGCUCAGAGUUAGCCACUAUCUCUGUUUUCUUCAUGGUGACAAGUUACAUGAGUUUGGGCGCAAGUGCCGAGCCGUACACACGAAGAGCGUUACUCACGGAGGUCGCAGCAGGUUCCCUCUCCUUAUUGCCGAUUGUACCUGUUCAUUUGGGCCAUUUGAAGCUAUUGGGGAAAACCUUUUACAGCAUUCCUGUUGGCCACUUCUUUGUCCUGAAUGUGAGCAUUCCUUGCCUUUUGUUUUUGUAUUUGUUUUAUCUCUUCUUCAGAAUGGCACAGAUGAGGAAUUUUAAAGGCACCUAUUGCUACCUGGUUCCUUAUUUAGUGUGUUUCAUGUGGUGUGAACUCUCGGUGGUUAUUUUGCAGGAAUCCUCUGGCAUUGGGCUAAUUCGUGCCUCCGUUGGUUACUUCCUUUUCCUCUUUGCUCUUCCUGUUCUCAUGGUAGGCAUUGCACUGAUGGGCCUCGUCCACUUCAUAAAAUGGUUCAUAACAUUAGAGCUCAUGAAGAUUGUGGUCACUCUUCUGUUAUGUGCUAUUCCGUUGCUUUUCCGAUGGUGGACCAAGGCCAGCAUCUCUGUGGUUGAAAUUGUGAAAUCCCUAACAAAGAGUUCUAUAGUUAAGCUUAUUUUGGUGUGGAUUACUGCCAUAGUGUUGUUUUGUUGGUUUUAUGUGUACCGCUCAGAGGGGAUGAAGGUGUACAACUCUACCUUGACAUGGAAUCAGUAUGGGUUUUUGUGUGGUCCCCGGGCUUGGAAGGAAACUAACAUGGCGCGCACCCAAAUCUUAUGUAGUCAUCUGGAGGGCCAUAGAGUGACUUGGAUGGGAAGGUUCAAAUACGUGAGAGUUACUGACAUCGACAAUAGUGCAGAAUCAGCAGUAAACAUGCUUCCCUUUUUUAUUGGUGAUUGGUUGAGGUGCUUGUACGGUGAAACAUAUCCAGCAUGUGAUCCCAAAAAUGUAACCCUGGAAGAGGAGGAACUCUGUCGUCUAAAGUUUCUGACAAAACACGACUGCCACAUGAAAAGGUUUGACCGCUAUAAAUUUGAAAUAACAGUAGGCAUGCCUUUCAAUGGAAGCAAGGUUAUGGAAGAGGACGAUGUAACCAAAGAUAUUGUGCUGAAGGCAAGCAACGAGUUUAAGAAAGUGCUAUUGAACCUGAGGCAAGGGAGUGUCAUUGAGUUUAGUACCAUCCUGGAAGGCCGUCUUGGCAGCAAAUGGCCUGUAUUUGAGCUGAAAGCCAUUUCUUGCUUAAAUUGCAUGUCUAAACUUUCUCCUGCAGGAAGGCAUGUGAAACUAGAGCAUGACUGGCGAACCACCGUCCAGAAAGCUCUCAGAUUUGCCUUUGAUUUUUUCUUCUCCCCAUUUUUGUCAGUUGCAUGCUGAAUUUUAAUUGUCAUAUCUGCACAACCAAAGAUUUGGCUUUACAAUGUUUCAAAGGAAUGAAAUUAGUUUUGAGUACAAUGCACAAUGCCAUCUUAGUAAUUUCUGUGCUGGACAUGUCUAUAUGUGAAAAGCAUUAUUUGCCCGUUAAAAGCAUGAACAGUGUUUCCUACAGGAGCUGAUUUUUAACAUCAGUCAGAGAUAUUAAAAGCACUUCCUCCUUUAGAUAAUUCACUCUUCCACUCUUCUAUACUUAAAGCUGACUUCAUGGGUGACAACUGUCUAGUGCCAGUUAUACAGUGAUUCAUACAAAAAUAUUAGCUGUGCUAUGAGAUAGAAAUCGUGUACUCGGUGUUGGAGAACGACAGACUUUUAAAAUCAGUCAUCAGUUUUGCUGAAAGUAUUCUUGAACAGAAAAGAAAAGGGAAAGGUUUUGUUAAAGUACUUGAGUGAUCGUAGUGGAAAGUCUGAAUUGCUAAUGUGUCGGAAUCUGCACUGAAGGUGGAAAUGGUCAUCUGGCUAAUGGUCUGUAUAUAUGAAUACAAACACAAAAUUAAAAAAGGAAUCAAAAUCUGCAUUAUAAAGGUUUGUAGUCUUAUUUGAAUGCGCUUCUGUCUCACACACCUACCGUUCUAGAUUUUACACUACUUUUCGCUUAACAUGCGCAGUAGCCCAGACUAUGUUCAAUAAUGGACUACUAUAGAGGCCUGCACCCCUCCCUUCUUAUUGCCUUCAAGUAUGAACUAAUGGGUACAUCCCUCCUGCUCUGUGCAAACUUCUUGAAUAUACCAAAAGGAAACCCACAAUUAUAGGGCAACUCCACAGUUUUGGAUAGCAGUGUGGCCACGCCCAGCAUUUUAAAUUGUGCUUCAAGAAAUACGGCGCCCAUCCUUUACUCAAAACCAUUUCUGCUGCCACUUUCCAAGUGGAAGGAUUUUGGGGGGGGGGGCGGUUCGUUCAGCUGGUGGGGACAGAUGAGAGGAAGCUGAUGGAGAGCAUAAUCUACUAAAUUUGGAACUUCUCUGUUGCUCACAUACUUCUGAAUAGAAUAGGGUUGAUCUUGUUGUUAAAUGUACAUUUCAAGUGCUUUGAAAACAAUAAUUGAAUCAAAGGUGCAGUUAUUUGUUUUAAAGGAGCAACUGCUGGAGUAGAAUUAAGCACAGCUCAGCUUUUUAAAGAAAGUGUUUAUUGAAAAAGCCAGUAUCAACAUAUUUAUAUAUAUGUUCCAACAAGUCAGCUAAUUUGUGCAACAUAAGAAUACAGCCAUGAAGCUUUCCAACUAACUGGAUUUAUCAACUGUAUCAUUAUUUACCUUCUUAAGUUCAAAACCAAAGCAAAAAGAUGUUCUUCGUGGAUUUGGAAUGAGCGACAUUCAUUUCUUACAUUCACAAAAUUAGAUUAUAAUGGUGAUAUCGGAGACCCAGAUCACUACUGUCUUGAGUUUAGUUCCUCCUUUCUAACAGAAAACUUUGUAUUAAUGUGGCCUGAAAACCCAUUUUAUGUAGUUAGAAAGAUUUUAUAUAAUCCCUGCAUAAACCAGUUCAGUAGUUGAUGAAUAAGAUAAUAGAAUUGAAACUGGGAAAAAGAGUGUGAAAAACAAUUGCAUCAUUGGUUACUGCCAGACAGUGCCCCCGCCACCCCCCAAAAUACCAUUUUUAGACAUAAAAUUCCAGUGUGCAGUUAGCAUUUUAAAAAUUACUCUGAUUAAUGAAUAAAGCCAAAAGGUUUUUUUUUAGGGGAAAAAUGAUUAUUUGGCUUUAACAAGAAUUCUAUACAGUAUUCAUAUUCCUAAAAGUUUUUGCAAGAAGACCGGAUUGUUCAAAUUUCAAUUAGAAUACAGUGUAUGUAAAUACUGCCAGUGUCUCGUAGAGUAUGCAGUAGCUUUAU